ACCGUCCGAACGGAAUCUCCCACUAUGGGGAGAUCAUGGCAACCAGUUCCCAGCGUGGCGAGAUCCAUGGCGUCAUAAUCCUCUAAGCGAUCGCGGUUGACGGAUUCCAAGCCGUCGCGGGAGGCGGAAGGCAACUGUCUGUAUGUAUGAACAGCAUGUCUCUUGUCUCUUGCAUAGAGGAGAAAGUGAUAUCGACAAAUCGGCUCGAAGCUCGGCUACCUGGGGUCAUUGUCUAGACAAUGAUAUUCGCGAAGACGCAGUGCCGAUCAUCGGUUCGUCCAAUAUAAUUCCGCAUGGCUCAACGGGCCGAGAGCGUCUUUUCAUACCUACUAUGUCAUUUAGUGUGAUGAGGUCUUGGCUGGAUCUUCCAAGUAUGUACUACCUAGUUAAUGAACUGAGUAGGUAUUCCGAUUGAGGCCAGGCGAUGUCGCUUAAACUGGGAUGGAGGAGUUGUCCGCGUGUGGCAUUGGUGUCUAUCUAUUAGGUACUUUUUCGGCCCUGGUCUACUACUACCAUCCUUCGAUCGUGACAGAAUCGCCACGCUCCAAUUUGAUGCCCACUUGGCUUUGCUAUCUAACACAGAUCUUCGUGUUUUGAAACUUUAAUGAAAGCUUAUAUCUGAUUAAUUAAUAUAAGCCCAUUUCUUGAGACCCUGAGAUAUUGAUACUGAUUGGAUGCUGACUCCCAAUCACAGACAGAGAAUUAACAUCUUGUUAUAUGCUGUUCAUUUGUGUACAUGAUGGUUAUAUCUGUUCUUUGAGAUUUUACUAAUUGAUACAACUGAUGUUUCCGUUUAUAGAGCCAAUUCAGAUUGAAGAUCACUGAAUCGAAUUUAAAUCUCACCGGACUCCAGACUCCAACUUCCAUAUAGGGCAUUCUCGACUUGGCUGUCCUGUCCUG